AUGGCUGAAGAGUUGGAGGCUUUAUGGGGAAAAUUUUCUUUGACGGAAGAAGAACAAGAUGGGCUUGAGGUGGCAGAGGAGGAUGUGGAAGAGAUCACGGCCAAAGGUUCUCAUUGUCUGGUAGGAAAGCUUAUCUCUGACAGGUUCAUUGGGAAGAGAAUCAUCAGGGCAAAGUUGAUAAGAGGUUGGAGGCCGACCGGAUCACUGGAAUUUAAGGUGCUUGGAGAGAAUACGUUUUUGAUGGACUUUGAGCAUGAAUGGGAUAAGAUUAGAGUUAUGGAGGGUCGUCCAUGGAUCUUUGAAGGUCAGCUUUUUUCGGUGGCCGAAUAUGAUGGUGUAACGCCGCCAAGUGAGAUGAAUUUUGACACGGCGGCAUUUUGGGUUCGUAUGUAUAAGCUACCACUGUCGUGUAUGGGAAGAGAGAUGGGGUUUAAACUGGGAGCAAUUAUCGGAGUUGUGGAAGAUGUCGACACAGAUGAUGAUGGCAUUGGAUGGGGCGAAUUUCUCCGUGUGAAAGUCCAAGUGAACGUCUUAAAGCCGUUGCCGAGAGGGAGAAUCCUUAAACUGAAAAAUAAAACUUUGUGGAUCCCUUUCCAAUAUGAAAAGGUACCCAAGUUUUGUUUUCAUUGUGGGGUUAUCCGCCAUGGAGUUGGGGGAUGCGUGAAUGAGGAACUACGUUGGAAACAUGGAAAACCAAAGGAACCGGAGUAUGGGCCGUGGUUGCGAGCAGGCUCGCCUAAAAGACGUUCGGAGAAUAGAAGGGGCAACUAUGGCGAGGAUGAGUUUUUCCAUGAAGAGGACAGCUUUCAUGGCUCUGCAUCGGAGUCAUGGCCAGCUACUUUCCGGCCGGCGAGAGUCUCAACCUCGGACAGUAACGGACGCCAGAAAAGGAAGGAAACACGGAGCGAAGGAGGUGGGAUUUCAUUAAAUUCCGCUAAUUUUCCUGGAGCUGUAGCUGGUGUAUUCCCUGGUGGGCAGCGUGAUCAUUUAAUGCAAGAUAUUCCAGAGAAGGAAACGCACGGUGAUCAAGGGAAUUUAAGGAAGGUAUCCGUUACUUCUCAAUGUGGAAAGAACGUGGGGCAAAAGGGAGAGAAUUGCGGAGAAAAUAUGCGCUUGAAUGAGAAAAACAGACAAGCUGAGAAAGGAAUGCUGGACACGGAUGGAAAUUAUGGACUUAAAACCCAUCAGGCCACGUCAGAAGGCUUUUAUGGGGAUGCAGUUUUUUCACCAACAAAGGAGAAUAUUGGGCCUUAUUCUCACGUGGGCGGUGACCAUCUCUCACCAAGAGUGGAAAAUGGGCUGGUAGGCCCAAGGAGUGUGCCAAUUCGCUCAUGGAAAAAACGAGCACGAGCGAAACAGGGAGAUGCUACUGAAAGGGCUGAUCGGACACUAACCUUGGGGAAAAGGCAUGCAGAUGACGAUGGGAAUCCAGAAAAAAAUGAAAAAGAAAAGAAAAAAGGAAAGAAGGUUAUGGAGGGGGAACGAAAUGCUGAAUUUAUGAUGGCGGUGGCUGGUGCUCAGCCCCGCCAAGAGCCAUGA